UGAAUGAAGCUACUGGAGGAGAGUAAAAUGGCCGACUGAUCGAUAAAUCGAACGCAGUAGACCCUCCGUGUGUUCGGUAAUAUUUUGGUGUAACGUAGACUGAAUACGGUGUGUGCUGUGCGCUUUUAAUCUGCUGCAGUUGCUUGCGGCGAUGCAGUUAUUUAGGAACAUGUAGUAAACGUGCUCUCAGAAGACGAGCAACAUUGUGCAUUGACUCUCUUGUGUGUGUGUAUGCUGCCCAGCCGAAGGCCAGCCUGUGUAGUUCCCCUGUCGAAAACAACGAAGGAAGGACGAGAUUCUUCCCUGCGACAUCGCAUUGUCCUCCCUAUGUGUGCAACAAACAUCCCCUGCAGAUUUCCUAAGGCGACGAGGUCCAAGACUGCGACGUCGGCCGAUAAUAUAGUAUCCACAAGAUGGUGCGAGUUUAUAGAUAAGUAAAGGGCCUGUGCGCGGACCUUCCACGUUGAGGGAUUAGAGAAAGAAGUAUUGUGUGUGUGCGGCGGUGGCCGGCGGCAAGAGAAGAGGGCUCCUCACUCUCUAUCUCUAACUCGCUCUAGCACACCACUGCCCGCGCCCUUUUUUUCACUCCGAAAAAAAGUGUGUGUGUGUAAGAGAGAAAACGGUGCAUCCUCUGCCCUCUUCCCUAUGUUUUCACAUACUCUAUCUCACUCCGACUCUCUCGGUUUUUUGAAACGGUAGUGCUUCGGAGGAGCGUCAGAGAGGAAACUGAAGAGGAGGCACGCACAGAGAGACAGACAUACACACAAAUAGUAAACCGACGGCGGGAAGAUAAAGCUAGAACCAAACAAACAAAGCCUAGCUAGCAAACACAGAGACAAACAACACAAGCAUAUAUAUAUACACGUUAUAAAAGAAAGAAAGACAAUAGAGAAGUACGCAUAAAGUGAAGGAAACGAAAAUGGCUCAGACGCAAGGUGAAAUUAGGGUUGGUCCCAACAACCAGGUAAAGGACAUUUAUGCUCGGUUACCAGAUUAUAGGCCGGGAAUACCGCCCGAUCAGUUGCCGCCUGAUCCGGAGCACAGCAGGACAAGAGAGGAGCUCCGAUGGAUACCAGCUAUGACCUUAGACACCGAUUUGCUAAUGUAUCUUAGGGCUGCACGUUCGAUGGCUGCAUUUGCUGGCAUGUGCGACGGAGGUUGUCCAGAGGACGGAGCGAACGCAGCUUCGAGGGACGAUACCACCAUUAACGCGUUGGAUGUCCUUCACGACUCCGAUUAUGAUCACGGCCGUGCCCUUCAAUCACUGGUCAAGUGUCCGGUGGCGAAGGGUAUCCAUCAGAAAUGGAGUGAGGAGGAGACCAAACGUUUCGUCAAAGGCUUGAGGCAGUUCGGGAAGAAUUUCUUUCGAAUCAGGAAGGAUCUGCUUCCACACAGGAACACGCCGGAGCUGGUGGAGUUUUACUACCUUUGGAAGAAGACACCGGGCGCGAACAAUAACAGGCCGCACCGAAGGCGAAGACAGGGAUCGCUCCGGCGAAUUAGAAAUACUAGAAAUAGUAGAGGGGGUAAUAAUACACCACCUACUUCAGGUCGCGGCAAUAAUAGUACCCCGACGGAAACGGAAAGCCGACCCUCUCCGCAGCCUGGCAAGGAGCCCGGCGAAACGAGUUCCGUCACGGAAGACGACAAUGAUUCCGAGGAUGAUAGUGAUAGCCGCGAGGCCCAGUACAGAUGUUCCCACUGUUUCACCACCAAUUCGCGCGAUUGGGCGCCAGGUGGAAAGGAUCAUUUAAUUCUGUGUUACGACUGUAGGACACAUUUGAAGAAGACCAACGAGUUGCCACCGAUUUCGACGCCUGCAAUUAAGGAGUCGAAGGAGUGCAAGGAUUCGAAGGAUGUGGAUAGUCCGGACGCUAGUCCGCAAAGGAUGCGAACAAGGAACAAGGCUGCCAAGGAGCAGACCAAUAAUCGGGCAAGGCCGAAGCGCGGAACCGAGACUCCGGAGCCAAAGACUCCUGUGAAACAGACGAACAGUCCGAUGGAGAAGAGCAGCGGAACGCCGAACAAGAAGAAGGGUAAAGAGAAGGAAACGCCUUCGAAAAGUCGGAAGCGGCCGCAGGAUAAGUGCGAUAUCGAGGAGACCGAGGAAAAGGACUUGGGUAUGUUUAAGAAGAAGCGGGAGAGGGCCGAGAGCCCCUCGAGUAUUACCACCGAUUCGGGUUCGAUAAAUGAUGAGGUGGACAACGCGGAAACGGAAACCGAAGUGCCUGAUGUACCGACCCCGGUGUCUACACCCACCACAACGUCAGCAGCUGUCGUGACCAAUGUCGCAACGAUAACGCCCAGCACACCGGAACCGAAGAUUGCUAAAGUCGAGAUGAUGGACACCUCUGAAAAGCCUAUAAUAGCUGCGACUACAGCAGUCACCCCAUCGGUUCCAGUGAUAACGACUGCGAUACCGCUUCCAGCCGAAACAAUGCCGCUCAACGUAUCCAUCCGACUGCCGGAUGAUCUCAACGAGCGCAAGAAUUUGAUCAAACGAAAUCUAGACCUUACUUCCGAUCUGAAAUUCGGAACGGAGAAUCUCAAGUAUGCUGAGAUCAAAAAGGAGCCACCCGUGAAGCAAGAGGUGAAAGUCGAGGAGAUUAUUAAGGAUGAACCAAUGAAGGAGAUGAUGAUGAAGGAGGUUAAGGAACCGGAGAAGUUCAAAACUGAGUUGAUAAUACCAAAAAUAACUAUGGAUAAGGUGAUCGUUAAGGAGGAGAAUGAUAGCAGCGAGGCCCUGAAUUUGAACGCAAAGGACGACUACAAGGAACCCAAUAUCUUUGUGCCCAACCUCAAGGAGUUCGGCAUGAAAGAUACGCCGCUGAAUCAUCUUCCCCCGAAUCAUCCUCUUAACCUUAAGGACAGCAUGAUCGAAAGACCCAAAGAACAGAUACUGACGGUGAAUCCACAAUUUGUGAAGGAACCAGGUAAAACAGAGCCGUACUCGUUCCCCAAGGAAUUGAAUAACCACGCGAUAAAGGUUGAACCCAGGGACGAACCGAUGGAGUUGACGAAUCGACAGGAAAUGUACCCGCAGAUUUCUCAGCCGCUCAAUAUACCUACGGUAAUUCCUAUGGCGCAUUACGAGGAGGAGAAACAGAGAGAGAAACAGCAACAACAGCAGCAGCAACAACAUCAGCAACAACAACAGCAACAACAACAGCAACAGCAGCAGCAACAGCAGCAACAACAGCAGCAGCAGCAGCAGCAGCAACUACAGCAACAGAUGGAUAGACCAGAAAGAUUGGAUAGGCCGGAAAGGUUGGAUAGACCUCCGUCGGAUUUGAAUCUAAAUGUGCCACCAAUCGGGCAACCACCGCUGCCCAGCUUGAUGCAAUCGAGCAAUUUGGUAACGAUCGGGGGUAAUCCACCAAUGAACCACUACGGUUUUAUGCCAAACUAUAAUCAGCAUUCGCCACGAGAGAAACCCCCGAGUCAAAAUGAGCCGCAGAACCUAAAGAUCAAGCAGGAAAUCUCGGAACCACUGCCGUUGUCAUUGCCGUUGCCGUUGCCACCGCCGCAGUCGCAGUCCCUGUCACAGCAGCAACAACAACAGAUGCAGCCUCAGCCAUUCGGAGUUCCCCUUUUGGCUACGUCUGUCAACGUGCCACCAGUGCCUGUUUCUUCAGGUGCUUUUGGACCGCCGAGUAUUCCUAAUCCUCUGCAAAGUUUGAAGGAUGUUAAAGUGCCUGGAUUCAGUCUGCAGAACGCUGUGAAUCAAACGUUGAACGAACGCCCUCCGUCCGGACCCAAUAUCGAUGCAAUAAAGAAGGAACCAGAGUUUGUGCCGUCAGUGUCUUUGCCGCCGCCAAGUGCUAGUCCCAGUCAACCGCCUCCUGAGAAGAGUCAUACCCCGAAGACGACGAGUAGCACGCCCACACCCAUAAUCAAUGUAUCUCAAACGCCGCCUCUUCGUCAGCUGGGUACAAAUUCACCUCAACCCAUGUCCAAUCAUUCGGCUGUCAAUCUAAUCAGCCCGACUUCAUCUAUUGGAUCCACGGGACAUCCGUCGUCUUCAAUGCAGCAACCUCAACCUGGCCAUCCUUAUGGCGGACCAAUGCCUCCGCCUCCCCACGCCAUCAUGCAUCCAUCGCUCUUCGCACACGCGAUGCACCAGUUCCAUCCUUAUGGAUACUUUGGAUAUCCAUACUCUCCAUACGCGAUGGCUCAACCGCACGCGAUACCGCCGCCUACGAGCAGUGCGAGGAACGAUCCGAUCAAACCUACGAUCGAGACGAGCACCACAAUGUUGGCUAGCCACAACACGAGUUCUACUUCCAGUCUAACCACGCGCAGGGAAAUCCGAGAACCCGACGAGCACGGCUUGGAAAGACAUGCAACUCAAGAGACGACGAUGACGCACCAGCAGAGCACUUCGCAUCACAGCGCGGUGCAUCAGAGCACCGAGAAGCACAGCUAUGGUGGCGGCAGUAACCAUUCAAUUACAAUAUCCCACUCGACAAGUUCGAGUUCUAGUCAAAGUGUACAACACAAAGUCAACCAGAAAACGAUGGUGAGGACUGCCUCGCCGCACAACGCUGCCGUCUCGCAGACGACGACUACUGCUAGCUUAAAUCACUCGUCAUCGUCGAACCACCAGCACACUCAUCAACAUAUCCAUCAUCACGAGCGAUUGUCGCCCGGAAACCAACUGCUCAACAUGCGUCAUGUUCAUAAGCCACCCUCGCAACCCCAACCGCAGACACCUCAAGCGAAUCCUCAUCACUUGAUGAUUCAACCUCCAAGCCUUGGUCAUCAUCCGCAACUUGGGCCUCCGUCUAUGGCCAACUCUUCCUUGGAAGCUUUACGGGCACACGCCGCUCAGGCAGCCGCGAACAUGCAGCAGCAGCAGCAACAACAACAGCAGCAUCAACAACAGCAGCAACAAAUGCAUCCACCGAAUCCAUCCCCGAUUAUACCUAAAAUUGAGGAGGUUAAAAUCGAACCGGAACCUGAACCCAUCCCUGAAGACGAGGGUCAGACUAGUCCGCUUGGACCACCGCGCGGACCCUCGCCGGAACCACGCAUCGAGGAUUCCGAAUGCCAUCGAAGCCAGAGCGCAAUAUUUUUGCGGCACUGGAAUCGUGGCGAUUACAAUUCGUGUACACGCACGGAUUUGACGUUCAAGCCUGUUCCUGACUCUAAGCUCGCCAGGAAACGGGAAGAGAGAUUAAGGAAGCAGGCGGAGAAAGAGCGCGAGGAGCGCGACAGAGCUCAACAGCAGCAGCAACAACAGGCAAGAAAGAUUGCUACUCCCGAUAAGCCGGACGUGAAGCCGCCUUCACGUGGACCCUUGGAAACAGUUACCGCCCCUUACGAGCGUUUUCCGCGUCCGGGAUUCAACGACACCCCAGCCCUUAGGCAGCUUUCUGAAUAUGCGAGACCACACGCUGGCUUCAGUCCAGGUAAAGGUCACAUGCCAAGGUCUUUGAUGCCACCCCAUUGUAUAGAUCCGAUGAUUCAAUACCAGUUGAAUAAUAUGUAUGGACCUGGUGCAAGAGAGCGCAUUGAGCUCGAGCAUCUGGAGCGCGAGAAACGCGAGAGGGAGAUCCGCGAGCUGAGAGAGCGCGAAUUGAACGAUCGUCUCAAGGAGGAGAUCAUGAAGAGCGGAAUGAGGGCGCCCUCAAACCCCAUGGACCCGCACUGGUUGGAGUUCCAACGACGUUAUGCCGCGGGUCUUGCUGGUCCCGGCGGACCUGGCAUGCCACUACAUCAUUUAGCAUUCUAUCCGGGAGCUGGUGGUAGCGCACAGCUCAGCCAGUUGGAGAGAGAGAGGUUGGACAGACUCGGAAUUCCACCGCCUCCCGGACCUCAAGGACCGCCCGGUGCACCGCCUGGACAUCCGCACCAUCCAGCGCACGCGGCACAACUGGAGGCGGAACGAUUGGCUCUUGCCACAGAUCCAAUGGUUCGUCUACAAAUGGCUGGGAUUUCUCCGGAGUACCAUGCACACACUCAUGCCCACACGCACGCCCACACACACCUACACCUGCAUCCGCAACAGCAGCAGGCGCAGCAGGAAGCCGCAGCCGCGGGAUUCCCCCUGCCAGGUAAACCUUCUGGAGCACCAGGUUAUCCUCGUCCAGGUAUGAUCCCGGGCAGGGAAGGGCCGAUGGGAUUACAUCAUCCGGAACUGUUGGGUAGACCUUAUGCUGAUCAGCUUGCCCAUCAGGUAAGAGCGGCUGCGACAUAUGAACAAUUACAGAGGCAGAUUUUGAUGGAGCGCGAGCGAUUCCAGCCACAUCAUCCUUCAAUCGUGGCGCAACACGAAGAGUACCUGCGACAAAGGGACCGCGAGAUGAAGGUGAGAGCACUGGAGGAGGCGGCGAGAGUGUCGAGGCCUUGAAGAUGCAGCAACCAACCAUCGCGACUCGACGCAUCCAAAUAAUUUGAAGGGAUGACGAGAGGAUUAGCGACGGCACAAAUUAAGUUAGUCUUAGGAUGAAAGAGAGAGUUUAGGGAUAAAGCAGUAGGCGUAAAGUAUUUAUUAAUAAUAUGGGAGCGCAGGGGACAACCAAUCCUCUCAAGAAAACAACAACAUUGCGCGCUGGACUUUGUACAUAGUAAAUAAUUUACUUAUAUAUUAUAUUAUA